CAGGGAUAUUGUUGAGGAUACAAACACGUAUCAACCAUGUACUUUCUUGUCUAAAGCUGGAUUUGCAAUCUUCGCUCAGUAAAAUGGGCAUCAUAGACAAGGGAGUUUCAGCGUAUCUUACUGUGCUACACGCGCUGUCACUGCUCAGGCCUGGAGGUAAGAGACAGAGCGGCGAGACGAAACUAAACGUUACGGUACACGAGGGCAAAGUUAGUCGCCAGAGUCAGGGCAAGUAUCUGGUAACAAUGCGUCAUGGCAAGAAAAAGGUGGAAACUGACAAGAAAAAAUCAGAUGCACUAAUCUGGGAGCAUUCUACUGAGUUCGUGCCAUGGUCACCAACAGAGGAACUGGUUCUGAAACUGCGAAAGGCGAAACGGUGCAAGGACAAAACCAUCGGUGAACUCUGCAUCUCUGUCGCAGCCGGACUUGAGUCAGUGGAAGGUCUACCGAACAAACGGUGGUACGGCUUGGAAACUACUCAGAAAGGCGGGUGUAAGAAGUACGAGGCGCUCUUACAGGUGUCGGUUUCUGUUAACGGCCCGGGAAUGAAAACUGACACAUUGAACAAAAUUAUUCCUUCUAAAAAAACUGAUACGACAGCCGUGCAAGAGCAGCCGAAGACUCCGGCAGAACUACAAGAUCAUGAGGCCGUGGUACAGAAGGGUGGUGAGGCCGUCGUGUUGGAGGAUGAUGAGGCCGUCGUGUUGGAGGAUAGUGAGACCGUCGUGUUGGAGGAUGGUGAGGCCGUCAUGUUGGAGGAUGGUGAGGCCGUCGUGUUGGAGGAUGGUGAGGCCGUCAUGUUGGAGGAUGGUGAGGCCGUCGUGUUGGAAGAUGGUGAGGCCGUCAUGUUGGAGGAUGAUGAGGCCGUCGUGUUGGAGGAUGGUGAGGCCGUCAUGUUGGAGGAUGGUGAGGCCGUCGUGUUGGAGGAUGGUGAGGCCGUCAUGUUGGAGGAUGGUGAGGCCGUCGUGUUGGAAGAUGGUGAGGCCGUCAUGUUGGAGGAUAGUGAGACCGUCGUGUUGGAGGAUGGUGAGGCCGUCGUGUUGGAGGAUAGUGAGGCCGUCGUGUUGGAGGAUAGUGAGACCGUCAUGUUGGAGGAUGGUGAGGCCGUCGUGUUGGAGGAUAGUGAUGUCGAAGUACUGGAGGUUGGUAAGGUCGACACGCUGGAGGUUGGUGACGACAACGUGCUGGAGGAUGGUGUGGCCAGCGUGCUGGAGGAUGGUGAAGUCAAUGUGCAGAAGGAUAAUGAGGUCAACGUGUUGGAGGAUGGUGAGGUCAACGUGCUGGAGGAUGAUGAGGUUGGCGUGCUGGAGGAUGAUGACAUCAAUGUGCUGGAGGAUGGUGAGUUCAACGUGCUGGAGGACGAUGAGGUCGAUGUGCUGGAGAAUGGCGAGGUCGCCAUGCCAGAGGACAGUGACGAUUUUAUGAUGGAGGAAGGGGAGGUAUACGUGCUGGACAAAGAUGAGAUAUACGUGAUGAAGGAUGGUGAAGUAUACUUGUUGAAGGAAGGUGAGGUCCGAUGAAGGAGGAUGGUGGUGUCUACGUGAGUGAGUGGACGCUAUGACAGUGUCCAAAGAAAAAGAGUCAGACAUACUGUGGGUCUACUUAGGGACGAGGGGUGGCUCUUCCAACAACCAGUCAGCCUCCCCGUCAGAAAUCACAAGAAAAAUGUGAUGUCCUCAGGCCGGAGGAUCACCUCCUAUAGAAUGGAGCACUCAUGCGAACAUGCUCGCAGAUUCCGACUUCCUCGGAUCAUAAAUCACCGCAGACACGUCUCACGUGUCUUUAAGACCUUUAUCACUAAGGUGACCAUUGGACGUCUUGUCAGCUACAUGAAAGGUGAACCAGUUUUCUAACUUUGCGUUCUCCUUUUGAUACCAGCAAAUGUAAAAGUCUAGAAACUCAUGUUGGAGUUUCAGAACUAAACAUAAGGUCAAGUUUUCGUCACCCUCAUGUUCUUUAAAAUUAAUACGUUUUACCAUUUCAACAGACUGUAAUUUUAUUCAGGUACCAUUUACAAAUUCUCUUACUUUGAAAGGUUUUGAUAUUCUACAUUACGCUAUGAGUUUCCCCUCGUAUUCCUCGACCUAACAUUAAAAACACUUUACUGAAGUCUAUCUAGUCUGUAUGUAAUAAACGUCAAGCAUUGCUACCAUUUUA